GUGAUAGCGACUUCCGUCGCGGUUCCUUCCGGUCCGGAAGAGCUGUGUCAGGGUGCAGGGAUAGGGAAAGAUGGCGACCGCUGCUGUGAUCGAGUUCCAGAGAGCGCAAGAAAUGGUGGUGACGGACAAGGCGGCGAGCAUAGAUAUCCUGCAGUCUAUAGGUGAAGGGAGCCUGCAUGAGGCUGCUCUGUCUCGGGUGGGGGAGAAAGCUGGGGGGGGGGCAGCAGCCUAGAGACUCAAACAAUGAAAAUGUGCUGUCUGGGAAGGGGGGGGGCCAGGCUGGGAGAGAGGGGGCAGGAGGGGGGCAAAGAAACUAAUCCUCCACGAUUUGCUCAGUAAUUGUGCCAUACAAAGAGGGGCAGGUGUACUGCAAUGUGGUGUGUGGAUAUAUAGAUAUCUAUCCACACACAGUCAGAAGGACUAUUAGCAAAUGUGUGUGGAUAGAUAUAUAUAUAUAUAUAUAUAAAGCAAAAAGGAAAGAGAUGCACUCUCAGGUCUUUGUAGAAAAAAAACUCGAUAUUAUUUAAUAACAGGUAACACAUAAUCAGAAGGACUAUAAACAAAUGUGGGUGUGUAUAUAUAUAUGUAUUUGUGUGUGUGUGUAUGUAUAUAUUCACAAUCAGAAGGACUAUUGGCAAAUAUGUGUGUGUGUGUAUGUGUAUAUAUAUAUAUAUAUAUAUAUAUAUAUAUAUAUAUGUGUGUGUGUAUCAGAAAUCCAGGAUGCACACUCAGGGCUUUCAAAAUAGUAUAAUGUGAUUUAUUGAAAUUAAGUGAACAUACAGCAAAAGAAAAUCUACGUUUCGACCCUGUAGGGUCUUUUUCAAGAUUGACACAUUAUACGAUUUUAAAAAGCCCUGAGUGGGCAUCCUGGAUUUCUGAUACAUAUAAUUUUGGACGCAAGAGGAUUGAAACUCAGGCAGUUGGGUACCAAGUACUGGUAAGGAGAGUGCCAAGCUAUCAUUUUGUUUUAUUUAUAUAUAUAUAUUCACAAUCAGAAGGACUAUGAGGAAAUAUGUGUAUGUAUAUAUGUGUGUAUAUGUAUGUAUGUUUUCACACAAUCAGGACUAUAAAGCAAAAUAUUUGUGUGGAUAUUUUUAUUAGAUGUGAAUUUAUGUUGUUCAUUAAUGGGAUAUUUUAUAAUGUUCUGUGUUUUCUGUAAAUCCGUUUCUAACUUGUAGCCAUUAAGCUGUACGUGAACUUGUUGCAUGGUAUGAUCUUUCUUUAAACAUCUCAGAGUUUACCCAGUUGUUUUGAUAAAAAUGUCUUCAUCCCGCAACAAGUUUGAGCGCAAAGCAGUUAUAGGUGUUUGUUUAGAAGCAGCAUCUUUAACGCUACGUUUGUUUUACCUUCCAGUGAAGCGAGACAUCCAGGAAAGCGAUGAAGAAGCCUUGCGUGUUAAGGAGCAAAGCAUUUUGGAGUUGGGAGGGCUUCUUGCCAAGACUGGACAGGCUGCAGGUGAGUGAUCUGAAGAUUCUUUGAGGCCAUGUGUGCAAAGCACAAUUGUGGAGCAAAGUGCUAAAGGAGGAGCAGUUUAAAGGAUUAUCAUGUUUGUUUCCAUGGUGAUUGUUAAACAUUUUGAUAUUGACCCUCAGAUUAUUUCUGUGUGUACGUAAGGACUUCAAAUAUGAUAUGAAGGGUUAUUCACUAAAAUGUGAAUUUUCAGGAAUUCAAAAUUAAUUUCAUAUCCCAGGCCAAAAUUGACAAACCGGAACAAAAUCUUCAAAUCAGUUAAGCUUUCAUUUCAGAUAGUUUGGCCUUGAAUUUGAAAUUCACUUUGCCUUUUAGUUCGAAAUUAAUUGAAAUGCACAUUUUAGUGAAUUACCCUGGUUGUGAUCGGUUAGGUGCUACAUAGAAAUUUGCAUGAACUAAAUUGCUGACACAGUGCACCAAAUGGCAAAGCAACCCCCACUGUAAGAUGCCUGUCUUCUAGGCGAUGGUCUGCUUGACAGUAGUAAAUUAAAGGAACACUAUAGUCACCAAAACAAGUUUAGCUUUAUGAAGCAGUUUUGGUGUUUAGAUCAUGCCCCUGCAGUCUCACCAUUUAGAAGUAAAAUCACUUUUCUGUUUAUGUAGCCUUAGCCACACCUCCCCUGACUGUGUCUCUCACAGUCUCCAUGAAAAAAGAAAAAGUUGAAUUUUAACACUUUUUUAAAAUUUUCUAUCUCUUGCUCUCUUGAACUUUAAAGGACCACUAUAGGCACCCAGACCACUUCAGCUCAAUGAAGUGGUCUGGGUGCCAGGUCCAUCUAGGGUUAACCCUGCCUGCUGUAAACAUAGCAGUUUCAGAGAAACUGCUAUGUUUACAUUAGGGUUAAUCCAGCCUCUAGUCGCUGUCUCAUUUACAGGCGCUUCCAAGCUUCUCACUGUGAGAAGUGAGAAGACGCCAGCGUCCAUAGGAAAGCAUUGAGAAAGCUUUCCUAUGGACUGACUGACUGCGCGCGUGCAUGCGCAUUCGCGUGAAGAGGGAGGAGGGUGCCCAGCGCUGGAGAAAGGUAAGCCUUUAACCCCUUCCUCCCUCUAGAGCCCGGCGGAAGGGGGGUCAUGAGGGUGGGGGGGGACCUAUUAACACGAUAGUGCCAGGAAAAUAAGAUUGUUUUCCUGGCACUAUAGUGGUUCUUUAAUUACAUACAGGAUGCUCUUGCAGGGUCUGUAAAGAGAUGAGAAAUUAUAAAUUAAACAGAAUUUGCUAUAAAGAUAGUGUAAACAUUAAAUGACUCUUUACAGAAAGUGUUUAGGAAAACUAUGCAAGAGGUGUGACUAGGGCAACAUAAACAAAGUGAUUUAACUCCUAAAUGACAGAGAAUAGAGUAGUGACCCUGCAGGGGCAUGGUCUUUACAUCAAAACGGUUUCAUAAGCUAAAGUUGUUUUGGUGCCUAUAGGAUCCCUUUACAUAUAUUUACCUAAUGCUCACCGUCCUCGGUUUUGACAUGAUACACUCCUUUAAUUGUUAAGAGCCCAUGAUACUGAUGUUUUCACUUGCCUGCACAAAAACGGAAAUAUGGGGUUUACGGAAGAUGGCAGAGGAUCCUUCUUAGAUAAUAUUGUACAUGUGCAGUAAGAUGCCUGUUCCCAUCAGUGAUGGUGUGCAAUGACUGAUGGCAAAUGGCAGGAUCUUGUAGUUGAUGUUCCACUAAUUGCCAAGAUUCUAUUCAUGUUUCUCAUUGUGUUGUAUUCAAAUUUCAGCGACAGUUCAACAGUCUAUUUGAGUUUUUCUAAAGCUUCUGUCAUUUUCCUGCAAAGUGGUUGCUGGGAAUGGACACGGCAGCUGCAUACCCAGACACGCUACCUCGAUAUGAAGCAAAUGACUUAGCACGAUUUCUAGCAUGCAAGUGUUGUUAGAGGCAGUGCAGCUGUUCAUGUUUAGCUACAGUUUACCCGUGAUGUGUAAUGCUACUUUUUAUAUGCUUCUUUAUUAUGUACUAAAGUAACAUUACCAUAGGGGGAGCUGGUAACACAUGAAAGCUAUGUGAGGAUGACCUGAUUAGACUAUAAAUGAUAUUAAUGGAUUUAUAAAUAAUUCAGAUGUGUUUGAAGUGUAAAAACUAACUCAUGUCUAUGACAGAGAUAGAAAAUCCCUAUUUUUCUCUCUGUGCUAAACUUCUGCAGGCAAAUGGAUUAAAGGGAAAAUCUAGUCUAAAAUUGCAAUUUUUUAUGCACAUGAACAAGGAAGUUAAAAUGGAAAAACAAUUGCUUUUUUUUUUUGUCUCUAAAGUAGUACUGCUGCAAUAAGUUAUUUAAGCAAACCUGCCACUUUUUUGAUCAACAUUUAUUUUUCAGUUCCUGCUGAGAAAUAUUACAGAUUAUGAGUAAAAUGGAAUGCUCACAUUGUUCUGCCACAGCUCCCAAAAUGUGCUUCUCUUGUAGUGCAGACAAGUCUAAAGGAUUCUUGUUCCUUCCUGUGACGUUUUUAUUUUCUUUCUUUAUUUAUAUGUACCUUAUAUAGGGGAUUGCUUUAUACAAGCAAGCGAUUAACAGCAGGGUAUAAUAACUUCUAAAGUAAACACACUCUGCAGAUUCAAGAUAAACCACUUUUAUGAGUGAGUGUGUAUUGAGACUAGAAUUGAUAGCCAGGAGAUGUGACUAGGGCUUCAUUAAUAAAGUAGCUUAAACCUAAAUAUCAGACAGUUGAGCAGUGAGACUGCAUGGGGCAGCGCUAUGCACCACGACUGCUUAAGAAGCAUUAAGAUUAAGAGGUUUUGUUGCUUAGACCUACUCUGAACUUGGUAAUAAUUAUUCACUAUACUUGAAAUUGUAAUAAAGUGACAAGAAAAUUAAAAGUUCUAAGCAAAAAUGGACCACAGACCAAGAAAGUUAUGGUGAAGAAAAAAUGAUUGAAAUCCCCUUCCACCAGAAGUUAGUGGAUAGUCAGUACAUUGUUAAACACAGAUCUGCACACAUCAGUCUAGCAAUAAGGCUUGCUUUUCCCACAGAAACCUUAAAUUUGCAGUGAAGUUACUACUGCAAGGGAUUCUGGGUGGACAUAUGCAAAUUAGUUAAAAAAAUCACCUUUUUGCCUCAUUAUUCCAUUUAAACAUGGAAUCCAUGUUUAAAAUUGAAUAAUGAGGCAAAAAGGUGAUUUUUUUUUUUUUUUUUUGGUUGUUGAAAUAACUUGCAUAUUCCCACCCAGAAUCCCUUUCCGUAGUAACAUCACUGCAAAUUUAAUAUUUCUGUGUUUAACAAUGUAUUGACUAAGCAACAAAAAUUUAUAAUUUCUAAUUCAGAUUUCUUUCCAUCUUUUCUUUUUUAGCCGGAAAUGUAUAAUCCAUGUUCUGUUCACAACAAUUCUAAGUUUAGCAAAUGACCUUGAAAGGGACCAUGUCAUUUGUGUCCCAACUUGUAUACCUUACAGCCUUCUGCACAAUCCUUUGUCACGUUACUCAUAUUCCUGUUAUGAAUCUAAUUUUUUUAUAUAUAUAUUUAUUUUGUCAGAACUCGGUGGUCUCUUGAAAUAUGUACGCCCAUUUCUUAAUUCUAUCAGCAAGGCAAAAGCAGCCAGGCUUGUGCGAUCCCUUUUGGACUUGUUCCUAGAUAUGGAAGCAGCAACUGGCCAGGAGGUAAGACUAACAAUAGAAUACUUCACAUUGCCAAGUAAUUCUUCUAAUUAUUUAGAUUGUAUUUUAACUUACUAAAAACUCAGCUUUUUGUUUAAAUUACUCACAUGCAAUAAAACCUGUGGUUUUGUUUUGUUUUUCUUUCUAACAAUUUUGACAAAUUUUGUCCUAGACCAUCAUUUGUCUUUAGCAAGGUUUAAAGGUACUGUUCCAGUAAGAUAAACAUUAAAUGAAUUCCCUGACCUGUAAUAAAGCAACAAAAAACUUUAGGAAGUAUUUGACCUUUUCUUGUGCCCAUAACUACAUGCAAGUAUUAGUUUAGUAAAGUUUAGUCUACUAAAGCAGGGCUUGACAAAUUUUCUUGGAAUCUAGGAGCCAGCUUAAAUAUAUAGUUACCAGCCAGGUUUUUGUAUACUAGCAAAACUUGAUUCACAAUGAUAAAAAUACAAUUCUUAAAAGAACACUGUAGUCAUCAGAACCACUACAGCGUAAUGUAGUGGUUAUGGCGUCUAUAGCCUAUCCCCGUUCAGAGAAAAGACAGUGUUUACAUUGUUGCCUAGGAACACCUCUAGUGACAGUCAUUAGACGGCCACGCGAGAUGAUUCCUAGUCCAGUGCUGCACAGUGUCCAGCACCUGCGUUCAGUGUCUCCACACACUGCUUGGAGGCACUGAAGUUCCCCGUAGAGAUGCAUUGAUUCAGUGCAUCUCCUUGAGGAGAUGCUGAUUGGCGCAGCACGGUGAUUUACUGUGCAUGUGCAGUAGCCUCACAAUGCUUUCUUAUGGGAAAGCAUUGGCUUGGCUAAGGUCAUCAAGACUGAUAAUCUUAGCCAUGGAGGCACGGCCUGCCACAGCUAGACUGGCACAACGUGGGGGGGAGGAAAGGUGAGAAAAAUGGCUUUCCCAUGCGUUCAGAAACCUAAACAGACCCACUCACUGACAGACAUCACACAUUUUCUCAUAAACUCACAAAUUAUUUUUUACUUUUAUUUUUUUAAUUUAAGUUCACCCAGCCUUUGGUAGAGCUGGAGUGGAUCCUUUCCCUGUGGUCCAAUUUGGCUGUUGUAAUCUGCAAGCUCGUCCUUCUUUUCUCCCUCACUCACUGGUUAGUAAGGCCGGUCCUGGGGUGACCUCAUAUUCGGCUCCCCACAGCACAGUGCAUAAGGGAGAAGAGCACAAAGUUUACAGCUCCCUCUCGACCUCCAUUCAUCCCCAGCCACCUCCGCUGAAUGGGCUGACAAACACCCAGGUUUGCUGCUUGGUUAUUGAUGCCUCGUGAGUAAAAGAUAUUACAUUGCAAAUAUUUUAAAAGAAAUCAGAUUGCUCAUGGAUGCAAACCGGUUAAUAUGGACCUAGUUAGUUACCUCCUAAAUGGUUCAUUUGCAUAAACUGGGGAAACUUUUGAAUACCAUAUCUACCUUUUCCACAUUUGACGGUAACCGUUGCUAUGGGGGUUUUUUUCUUAGUCGCCAGUCCAAAAUUCUAAUUUUUAUAGUAAUAUAAGGUCUUUAAGUGAUUACUAUAAUUGUGCUCAACACGACAUAGACAUGUAUGGACAACUGGAGAAAUAAUAUUUAUGCAAAGAGGGAAGUUGAGAGAGGGCACUCUCAUGAGACAAGUAGAGUUGAAGGCACGGCUCAACAAAUCCAGUUUUCUAUAGAAAUUCAAAAAUUGGACUUUGCCCAAAAUGUGUUUUCACUUAAAUUUGAGAGAUCAAAAGAUUUAUUUUGACUCACUCCCUUAUCACAAACUUGCCUGUUUAAUCAUUCACCCAUUCCUGUCCCUUGCUGAGUUCAGUGAAGAUGGACAGGAGAAAGAUUUGCUACACUGUCUUGUGGUGUUAGGGGGGAGCAAGCAUUCUCUGCACAAUAUAAUAGUAGAGGCAGUAGACAAUCUCCGUAAUGACAAUCUACUUGUCAAUGUGAACAUUGACAUGGCUAUUCACAAAACUCUGGGAAAAACUGAGACAAAACUGAAUUGGAAAAAUAGUCACAACAUUUGGCCUCAGUUAUUUCCUCAGUUUUGUGAAAAUUCUAAAUUUAGUGAUGAGCUCUUUCCCACCCCAUAGUCUCUCCCCCUGUCCCUCCUGUAGUCUGCUUGUAAUUUGUGUGUGUGUGUGUGUGUGGUGUGCAAUGUUUGCACCGGCUGUGUGCAUUAUGGUGUGUUUGCCGGCUUUGUGUAGUGUGUGAUGUUUGCCGUCUGGGUGUAAUUUUUGUCACGUUUGCCGAAUGUGUGCAACAUUUGCCGGCUAUGUGUAGUAUGUUGUAUGGGAUGUAUGCUGGCUUUGUUUAUUAUGUAGGCUGUGUUUGAUGUUUGGCUUUGUGUACUGUAUGUGUGAUGUUUGCUGGCUGUGUGUAAUAUGUGUGGUGUGCGCAGGCUGUGUCUAAUCUAAUCUAGUGUGUGAUUGCUGGCUGUGGGUAAUGUGUGUCUGUGUGACGUUUGAUAGCUGUAUGUAAUGUGUGUGGCCUUUGCUGGAUGUGGGUAAUGUGCGCUGGCUUUGUGUUAUGUGUGUGAGAGAUGUUUGCCUGCUGUUUCUGUGCAAUGUGGCGGACGUUUGCCAGCUGUGUGCAACAUGUGUGACCUUUGCUGGCUGUGUGCAAUGUGUUGUAUGUGAGAUUUGCUGGCUAUGUGUAAUGCGCUUAGUGUGCGCUGGCUCUGUGUAAUGUGCGUGGUGUGUAUUGUGUGUUUUUUUGCUGUCCGUCUGUAAUGUGUGUGACAUACUCCUUGUGAUGUACUCCGCCUUUAUGUAAUGUGCUGUAGGGAUAUAAUGUGGAGGCACUCUGUGAUCCAUUGGGAGUUAAAGGAACACCAUAGGGUCAGGAACACAAACAUGUAUUCCUGAGCCUAUAGUGUUAAAACCACCAUUUAGGUGGCUUGCUCCCCAUCAGUCCCUUUAAAUGGAAUUAAAACUCACCUUAUUUCCAGCGCCGCCUCCUGAAUGACAUCCUCAGAAUUGACAAUUUUUAGCCAAUCCAAUGAUUUUCUAUAAGGAGAGCAUUGGAUUGGCUAAAAUCGGCAAGGAGGCGGGAUGGGGGCAGAGCCAAACGCCAUUUUGGCUACUCAGCACUUCUCUGUGAGGAAUGAUUAUACUCACCAGAACUACAUUAAGCUGUAGUUGUUGUGGUGACUAUAGUGUCCCUUUAAAGCACCUGGUCGUAAUUAGCGGGAGUGCAUUUGGUGUGCACCUCAAGCUGGCGCAGACCACUAUAAUGGCUUUUUCACUGUACCGGUGUUCCGUGAGUGCUAGGAGUCAUAACUGCUGUACGCUGACCCAUCAGUGGGAGCAGGAGCGAUUACUGUGGUCUGCACCAGCUGGAGGUACUGUCCACAUACUCUAGGAGCCGCCCUGUCGCUUGCCUCUGCUGUAGCGCUAAAAGAUUAAUAAAAACACCUGUAUGUUUUGGGCAAUAUGAAUGCCGUUUAUACAGGAACAGUGAUUGGGGGAAAAGAGUGAGGGAAUGCUGCCUCUGUUACUACAUCCCACUAGAUUCCAGGAACAAAACAGCUAACCUCCCACUACUUUCCUCCUUUACCCCUAGUGAAGGUGAUCAUUAGAGGGCAAAAAAUAAAACACGACAUAGGUACGUGUGUCACUCUUACAAUCUAGAAUGAAUGUAUGUGUAUGACUCGAGUUAUGAGAGUGGGAGCAAACGUGUUUUAGUGUUUUACGGGACAAAAACAUAUCCUGUAGACCAGAACUGGGCACUUCUGACUGAUGGAACCUCUUCAUGCUCUUGGAGGGGGGGCUAUCUGCUGCUUCAUCACUAAAGUUAUUUAUUUUUAAGUUUUAACUCUAUAAUACGUUAAAACUAUUCUAAAAUACUCACUUUUAUUUUACAACCCAUUACAGUAUUGGCAUAUUUUUGUAAUAGGAACUUCACAAUUAAUUUCGAAAUUUUAGCAACUAGCAAUGACUGGUUUAAUGAUUGCUCACCUUGGCACUUCAAAUGUUUAUGAAUUAUAUAUGCCUAGUUUGAGAGCCAGAAACCAUGUCAUUAAGGGUGAUAAUUUAACAACACCUAAGAAUAACUGCGGGUUACUAGAAGUGCUCUUUCUGUAUGGUACAUAUUAUACCUUUGAGAGUUGCAUUUUCUUUAGAUAGUACUUAAAACAUUCCAGAUUGUGUGAAACAUGCAGCUCUCUCUUUUAGGUGGAACUGUGCUUAGAAUGUAUUGAAUGGGCCAAGGCGGAGAAGCGGACCUUCCUUCGCCAGGCACUAGAGGUAAAGUAUAUGUUAAAUAUCCGUUCCAAUCUGUGAAUGUCUGUUUGUCACAAGAUGCCUUUUUACAUAAAUGUUUAUCAGAAGCUGUGUGCUUGAUUAGAACUUUCCAUGCUGACUGUGAUUCUUUGCACACCCGAAAAACUGUGCAAAUUGCAAUAGGCUGCAAAUUGCAGUACAUAGACAAGGAAUCUACACAUUUUAGACAAAAGUUGGAGAAAUGGAAAAAUUAACCAACUCCGCUAUAGUUAAUUUUAUUCAGCUAUAAUAAGAUAACUUUUAACUUUAGAGUAUAUUUGCUAAAUAGCAGUUUGAGGUAAACUGAAAGCAGCCAAGAUAACAACAAUAUCUGAGAACUUUUCCAAAGCAGCGAUUUCCCCCCUCCCCCCCAAAUUUUGCAAUAUUGUUUUCGUUUACCACGGUGUUGUAGUCCCAUUUUAGGAAAAAACUUCAGGCGUUCAAAGAGCUGUGUGUGGCUAUGUUUCUUGUGCUGGAGGAAAUACAUUGUUUCACCGACACAUGGUAUUUUAGAAGUAAGAUUUAUUUUUGUGAAAGAACCAAAAUGUGUUUAGCACACAGAUCUGGGUGCACAGUGGAUAAGAACACUCUAAUUUUGGAUAAUAAAAAAAAAACCUAAAUAUGUUCAUGCAAUCUGCUAGCUACAAACAAACUAACUUUUUGGGGAUUUUUUUGUGCACAAAAUACGCAGAUCUCUGUGUUGAUGGUCCUAUUCACCUGGAGCAUACAAUAUAUAUUGAUUUGACAUGUGAAAACUGCUAGAGUUGCAAGUAUCUCCCACAUUCCAGCCUCAUUGAUAGAUCAGAUUAACCAUAACUUUUAAUUAGUAUCAAUUUCAACUAACCUAGAGUGCAUUAAUCAGCUGUGAGUGGAUAGCUAGCCCACCCCAGCUCUGAGCUAGUCAAUUCAGUUCACAAAAUUGACUUUGUAUUCUUAAUGAGGCAGGGAGGACGUAUAGUGUGGUUUAUUGUACAGUUUUUGUACCUAAAUGCAACAGUUUUUUUUUGUUUUGUUUGUUUCUCUGUUAUUCACAUUUACACCCUUCCUUUUCUAUUCCAGGCCCGGCUUGUAUCUCUUUACUUUGAUACUAAACGUUACCAGGAGGCAUUGCAGUUAGGUGAGUUUGCCUGCAGGUGGCAGUCUCAUACCUUUAAAUGUCGAUGUGGUACUUCUGAAAGCUAAUAUUUCCAUAGAGAUUUGCUUCCUUAGUCACCACUGCUGACUCAUUUAGUAAACUGCAAAAUGGUGUAGCUUACAAAGUGUUAGGCUAUAUGAUUGGUGUGUUUUCAAUUCCUUACUAAUGAAAUGAAACUUAAAUUCAAAGCUCUGGAGGAACUUUAGAUCACAGAAUUCUUUAUCAUUUCCCUCCUGCUCUGAUUUUUUUUAUCAAACCUUGUUUGUGUAAGGUGUAACAGUCCAGAUGUGGAGGAAAAAAUAUAAUUCCGGAGUAUAUUUUUUUUUUACAGCAGUUAGUAAAGCUUAUUGUUUGGCGGAUGUACCAAAAUGAGUGGAUUGGGUCCCCUACAAGAUUUGAAACUGUGCUGAUUGUGUCUGUACAAUAUAUUGUUUAUAACUGAAUAUAUAGCAAAAAGACUACAGGGAGCUAUUUUUUGUUAGUAAUUGGUUACACUCCUGGCGAUACAGCAAAAAAAUAGCUUGUCUAACAGGCUUUCAAGCCUUCUGCAUAGAUAAUAUCAUAAUGUGUUCAGUUUUGAGUCUGUAUGCCAUUUGUACAGCACAGGGCCUAGGUCAGGGGUGCUCAAUAGGUAGAUCCCCAGAUAUUAUAGAACUACAACUCAAAUGAGAAAGCAUCAUGGAUGCUGUAGUUCUACAACAUCUGGGGAUCACCCCUGGUUGAUUUAAAAUGUAAGCUCUCCCCUGCUUUCAAGUAGGACACUGGCUAAUGCCAUUUUGACAGUCAGGGAUGGGGAAGUAGUGAAUGGACUGUACGAUUUCACUAUUGGUAUUCCAGGCAGGGAAAAAGAUUGCUGUACUAGUUUUAAAUGCCUUUAUAUUUUAGAAAUAUAAAUAUUUACUGCACAAAUGCAGAAAUGUAUUGUACAUUUUGUUGCCAGUUAUAGUAAACUGCACUGCUAGUAAUGCCCUCAGGGUCAUUAUUUAUUUACAUUUUUUUAAUCUAUUUUUGUCACAUCUACUGUAUGCGAGAAAAAUAGAUUUUUUUUUUCUUUUAUAUUAACAUUUCAGACCCUGAAUGACAGAUUACAAGAUAACGGAAACUGUAUAAAGUUUAAAACUGUUCUUUUCCUAGAUAUUUUUUCUGAAUGAUGAUAAAAUAAGUGGGGGGAAAAAUUUGAAUAAUGUUAUUUUUUAAAGAAAAAGUGCUUACAAUGAGUGACACUUUUGAAUUUAUUUUUUAAAGGAACACUAUAGGGUCAGGAACACACACAUAUAUUCCUCACCCUAUAGUGUUUACCCACCAUUUAGGUGGCUUGCGCCCCUCCUUAUCCCUCCUUAAAAGUUAAUAAAAACAACCUUAUUUCCAGCCCUGCGCGGGUCCACCGGCGCUGGCCCCGCCCCCUUGGUGACUUCACCAGAAUUGUUAAUUUUUAGCCAAUGCAAUGCUUUCCCAUAGGGAAAGCAUUGGAUUAGCUAAAAUCGGCACGGGGGCAGGGCCAAAUGCCAUUUUGGCCAAUCAGCACCUUCUUAUAGAGAUGCAUUGCGUAGCGUAGAGACUCUAAAUGGCAGUGCUGCUUACUGUGCAGAACUGAGCCAGGAAGCACCUCCAGUGGCCAUCUGAGGAGUAGUCACUUGGAGGUGUACCCAGGGGCAAUGUAAACACUGUCUUUUCUCUGAAAAGGCAGUGUUUGCAUGAAAAUGCCUGAAGGCAGUGAUUAUAUUCACCAGAACAACUACAUUAAGCUGUAGUUGUUCUGGUGACACUAGUGUCCUGUUAAUUCACGCCUGGGAUGUGGUAAAUACAAGGGAUUUUGUUAGCCAAAAAAAAAGUUUAUUACAACAUGAUACUGCAUUUUAUUACGUUGUUUUUACCCUUUGAAUCCACAUAAAUCAAAACUUAAACAAAUCUGCUCUGUCUCUUGCAGGUUCACAACUGCUCCGUGAGCUAAAAAAGAUGGAUGACAAAGCUCUUUUGGUGGAAGUUCAGCUACUGGAGAGCAAGACCUACCAUGCCCUUAGCAACUUACCCAAAGCUCGAGCUGCACUGACAUCUGCCCGUACCACGGCCAAUGCCAUUUAUUGCCCGCCAAAGUUGCAAGCUGCCCUGGACAUGCAGUCAGGUUAGCACUUCUAUCAUGACAUCAUACAUUCCAUAUUAUUAUUAUUGAUACCUAUGCAUGAUAGAAAAAAUACAACCGCACACAUUCACACAAAUGCAUGAGUUCAUUAUUUGGAGAUUGAAAGAUUUUCAACUUUUGGAAUUACUUUUAAAUGAGCGUUAGAAUACACUUUUUAGAAUAUUACCUCUAUUGCCCAACUGCUGUUUUUGAUUUGUGCUUCAUAUGAGUGCAAAUAAAACAAAAUAUGGACUUUGUGAAAGGUAGUUUCUUUGAAGCCAAAGAAGUCUCCCGCAAAUAAAUGUCCAACAGAAAAUACUGCUACAAAUGGAGCUGUGAACAGGAGCUUGGUGACCUGUGGAUUUUGGUUCAGCCCCACCAUUUGCAAUACUUGUAACCAUAAUAUUUUCCUUGGCUUAAAAAUUGUAAUUCCAUUUAUAGAUAAAGUUUUGAGAUAUUUUUAAGUGGACCGUGUGUCCGAGGCUCGUGUCUUUGUAUUGAUAGAAGCCAUUUUCUGCUUCUAAACAUAGGCUGCAUUACAUGUAUGUAUCGUCAUAUUUGGGAUUUAUGACUUAUCAUCAAAGUUUAACUUGUGAUUACACAUAUUUUCUCCAGGCAUAAUCCACGCAGCAGAGGAGAAGGACUGGAAAACGGCUUACUCCUAUUUCUAUGAGGCCUUUGAGGGGUAUGAUUCCAUAGACAGCCCAAGAGCUAUGACAGCCUUGAAGUACAUGCUGCUGUGUAAGAUCAUGUUGAAUACGUAAGUAUAAAAUCCUCGCAAAUGUUUUGCUGCCACCUUGCUGACUGUUUACAUGUUUCUUCGUAAGCAGCCACUGUUCCAUUCUCCAUGUACAAGUCAUGAAAGAAGCUUUGUCACGUUGAAACUUCUAUUUGUGAGAACACUAGACCAUUUUUUUAUUUUUUAUAUCAAACUUUACAAGCUGUCAGCAAUCCAGACUUAACCCAUUGAAACGAAAAAACAAAACAAAACGAUAAUAGGUCAAAUAUUAGUGGAAAAUAGUAAUAAAAUGAGCAUGCUCCAAUGGGCCUAUGCGCAUUUGGGGUUGAUGGGUUUAGCUAUUUCUUAGCUUAUAAGAUUACAAACUCCAUUUCAUUCCCCGAACUCUGAAUAUCAAUAUUUUGUUGGGGUGCAGUAUUUGCACUCCCCCUUCCGGUCAAAUACUUGGGCUUUGACUCCAUACUAUGGGCAUUCUAUGAAUCAAAGUGCUGUUUGCAUACAAUUUUAAUAGCAAGUGCAAUUGCUUGGGAUAACAGGGGUGACACCUUUAUAGUCCUGCGGCUGCAUUUUUGUUUUUGUUUUUAAACGAGACUGUGGUACGAAAAUGUCUAAUUCUAGUUAUUAGUUUAAUUGACAUCCCAUUUGUUAAGAAAGUAUUUUGUGUUGACCCAUUCAGCCUUCAUAAUGGCAGUCUAUUUAUUUGUCCUUUCCAGGCCUGAAGAUGUGCAAACCCUAGUGAGCGGGAAGCUAGCACUGCGUUAUGCUGGGCGGCAGGUUUGUAUUGAUUGUACUGCUUUAUAA